AUGACGUACUCCAGAGGCCCAGAGGCCCAGGAACCCGAGAUCAAAGUAAACGUGCAGGAGCCUCCUCCACAGGAGCCUCCUCCAGCGUCUAAGGCUCAGGUUCAGAGAGGACUGAGCCGGGAGCCGCCCAUCCAGGAACUCCCACGUGGGCCUGUUGCUGGCGCGGGAGACAAGUUCAUUGCUUUCAGAUCUUUGCAGUUUCUGAUGUGCUUCUUCUGGCACUACAAGAUAAUGAUGCGACCACCACCUGGCCCUUGUCCUACCUGCAAACAGAUCACUGGAGGGUUGCCUGUCCCCUUUGCCAAAAAGGUGAGAGGCCAUCCCCUUCUCAAGCCCAACCAGCAGGUACAGAGACGUCUCUACCGAGCUCAUCAGCCUGGUGACAGACGCUUGAUGGUGCCCAGGGACGUCUAUAGCCCUCCAUGGCCAUCACUUCCAACGAGCCCAGGGGAACUGUCAGUCUCAGAGGGGAAUACAACUGAGCCAGGGGACCUAUCAGGACACUGGACAUUCCAGGGAGAAGAGUGUUGCCGUUAUGCCAACAAAUCCGGAGUGGUAAGAGAAAUUACACGUCAAAUGAGGGAAAGGCUAAAGACUCAACGGGCCAGGCACGCCCCCCGCAAGCUACUAAUCAAUGGAAGGCGUGAGGGCAUUUACCAAUCAGACACUCACGGAACUCGUCACGGCGGGGUACCAGCCUCUGCAGCAGAGGGAAGAACCCCUCACCUACUGCUGCUCCCACCAGAUCCAGACUUUUUCUGGGAGCUGGCGGGGAGAAAUACCAAGAAGAAGAAGAAAAAGAAGAAGAAGAAGUAGGAAAAGGAACACAAGAUGGGGAGGAGCCCUGAUCUGUUACCUCUCUGCCACCCUGCCUUGAAAC